AUGGCCCCUCGACUCUCUGUUCCAUCCGUCUUGCUCACGCUCAACAUCCGAGACUCUGACCCCGACCACACGUUUCAAGGCUACGAUGCGGAUAACAUAGCGAAUGCGCUUGUAGCUCACUCACAAAAGAUGGCCGAGAUAGCAGCCGAGAUAGCAGCCGAGACUUCCGCCUCGUCCUCAUCUUAUCAAGGUCACGACUCUUCCGACAUCUCAAAAGCCAUUCAGAGCUAUGUUAUCACUCACCAGGAUAGUCCCUGGUUGCACAAGUUCACACAGCCGUCCGAGCUUGCAACAGCCCAUGCUCAGCCGCUGGUAGAGCUCUCACACAACACAUUGGCAGUCACAUCAUCUUCGUCCACUGGAGUCACCGGUGAUGUUUCGCUCUCUCCUGUAUUCUCGUUAUCCACGUUGGUCCACGAACAAUACUGGAUGAGCAUCUUGCUGUGCAUCGUGUGGAUCAUCACUGGUCUAAUUCUACUCUUUUUUGGCUGGGCAUCUUUCUUCUGGGGCUCCAACUUGGGCAACAGUCCGAAGAGGCUUGAUGAAAAGAUCAGAAAAGCUAGCCGUCUCGGCCCGCUUUUCGCUGGUCCACCCCUCGCAGGAGGUGUAGGUGGAGUUGUUGUCGGCUUCCUCUUCUUGUCCUUCCUCACCACCGUCGUGACAGCGUCCAUCUGCGUUGCCGAGAACAAGUCGGUCUCUUCCAUCGCGUACUUUGUUAUCUGGCUUCUGCCUGGUCUGCUGGGUGCCUUUCUCGCCGGUCACUGGCCAUUCUUCGCAAGAGCAUGUACGGGCUUGCUCUGUGGAGCUUGUUUUACCCUCAUCAUCACUGCCAUGUUCGGCAUCCACACACUAAUCAUCCGCGCCAUCAUCAUCAUCGUCUUUACCUGCCUCGUCACCGCACCCUUGCUCAUUCCGAAACGAAACGUGAUCCGUUUCCAUCUUCUCAAUAUCUGCACCUCGAUCAUCGGCAUGGUUACCUUUCUCGAUGGUGUGGCGCUCUUCGCGCCACCCCGUGCGAGCUCCGACAGCUGGAUCGAUCUCUGGGUCCUGCUCUUCGCACUUGACAACUCAACUUCCGAGUUAAGUGCCACAAGAAAAUGGGGUUCAGGUGCGUUCAAGGGCUUGAUCGCUGCCUCUGUCCUCGGCACCUUGAUUGGAUUUGCUUUUGAGUUCAUCUUCCAUAAGCAUGCCGCCGAGGAUCCGGACAUGGAAUGGAACAACUAUCUCGGGUCUUUCACUCAACACCUUCAAGAUUCGCCAGAGGAUCGUGCGGGAUCGUUUGAACCGGAGGCUACUAUUUGGCAGAAGUUGGCACGCGCAUUCACUCCUGCUUCGCGCCCUGCUGCGUAUGGCAACGUUUCGGCCACAGCAAAAGAUGACCUCGAGAAGAGCCCUUUGACCGAGCUUCCCAUUGCCAAGUCUAGAAGAAAGGCACGUCGAGCUCGCUCUGCCAGAAAAGGACCAGCGAAGUUCUCCGCUCUGGAUAGAGUCGAGUCGGAUUCAGAAACCGAUUACGACAGUGAUUUCAGCAUUGGCAAGCUCAACCCACGUCCCAUUUCCACCAAAACUUUCGAGUCAAAACUAGAUGCAGACGAGCUAGCAGAUCAACUCAAACCUCUCGCCGCAAGUAAUGAUUCCAAAUCCACAAAUGUGCCAGGUUUACUUGCCAGACCACCCAGCUAUCGAACCAACUCGAGCAAGAGCGGAAGCGGCUCUACUGGAAGCGGUAUUAGCGGUACCACUGCCAAUUCUGCUGAUAUCGCCGUGACAUCCUGUUUGUCAAGCAAAAGUGGUGAUGGCGCUGUGGGGCUGAUGAUUUCGCCUCCACGUCCAGGUUUCGAACGUGCUACCACCAUGUCUCCUCCCCCUCCUUUCCCCUCGAGUGGCGCGCCAUCGCCGCUGGCUCCCAGCUUCCCAGCAACUCCAAGCCUCGUAAAUGCUAUCACGAGAAUUCAAGCCGCGCAAGCCCAGGCCAGAGCUUGGUACCAAUCGAACCAGCAACAGAACACUUCGGCCGACUCCAAGUCAACCAGUGUCGAACCCAAGCAAGAGAGCUCGACGUCCAAAGAUGCCUCGCAAACUCAGUCAAAGUCGACGGAUGGAUCGACGAAAAGAACCAGCUCACCCUUGGCACCUGCGCUUGCGACGGAAGCAAAUGCAACUUUCCAAGAUUGGUGGGGAAAGGAGGUUAAGGGAGAGCCCAAGUCGUGA